GCCAACACUCCUUUCUUGAUUAUUGCCAAAAACAACUUUCCCACAAGCUUUUCCAUCUAUUUUUCUUGCAAACCAAAAAUGGGGUUUCUCUCUUUUCUCUCUUCCAUUUUCUUUUUCAUCUUAAUCCUAACAUACCAACAACAAAGUGUUUCUUGUGAACCCAUUGUUACUAAAACUCCUUUAUCCUUGCUUAUGACUAUCAAAGCUUCUUUGGACCCAAAAAACCUCAAACUUUCAUCAUGGUCAGCUAAUUCAACUGACCCAUGCAAUGGUUCUUUUGAAGGUAUUGCUUGUAAUGAGUUUGGUCAAGUUGUUAACAUUUCUUUACAAGGCAAAGAGCUUACUGGAAAAAUACCACCUGAGAUUGGUCAGCUUCAAAGCUUGUCUGGGUUGUACUUGCAUUUCAACAAGCUACAUGGGGUUGUACCUAAAGAAAUUGCCAACUUAACUCAGCUAUCAGAUUUGUAUCUCAAUGUGAAUAAUCUAUCUGGUGUUAUUCCUACUGAGGUUGGCAACAUGUCUAAUCUUCAAGUAUUGCAACUAUGUUAUAACCAGUUGAUUGGAAGCAUACCUAAUCAACUUGGGGCUUUGAAGAAGCUCAGUGUUCUUGCUUUGCAAGUCAAUCAGUUAACUGGGGCAAUUCCUGCAAGCUUGGGAGACUUGGAGAUGUUAACCAGGCUUGAUUUGAGCUUCAAUAAUCUUUUCGGUUCGAUUCCAGUAAAACUCGCCGAUGCUUCAAAGCUACAAGUUGUUGAUCUCAGAAAUAAUACCCUCUCUGGCAAUGUCCCUUUAGCCUUAAAGAGACUGAAUGAGGGAUUUCAGUACUCAAACAAUCCAGACUUAUGUGGAGUUGAGUUUUCUUCCUUGAAACUCUGCACUGUAUCUAGUCUAAACCAAAACAGACCAGAACCAUUUGGACCUGGUUCGAAUCGUCUCCCCAAAAAAGACAUCCCAGAAUCUGCAAACGUGCAAGCAACACAAACGAAUCAGUCCAAAAAAUCACAAACUGUUGUGGUCGUUGGCGUUAUUGCACUCUUCGUUGCAGUAGCAGUAACUGGGCUUUUCACAUUUUCAUGGUACCGCCGUCGGAAGCAGAAAAUUGGAGGUACUCUUGAUUCCUCGGAUAGGCGACUCAGUACUGAUGAAGUGAAGGAAGUCUCUAGAAGAAGCGCGUCACCCCUCAUCAGCUUGGAGUAUUCCAAUGGUUGGGAUCCAUUGGGCAAAGGCCGAGGUGGAAGUGCUUUCUCUCAGGAAGUAUUUGAGAGCUUUAUGUUCAAUUUGGAUGAAGUUGAGUCUGCUACACAGUACUUUUCUGAGGCAAAUUUGUUAGGCAAGAGUAAUUUCACAGCUGUCUAUAAAGGGACAUUGAGGGAUGGGUCUAUUGUUGCUAUUAAGUGCAUUUCCAAGACUAGCUGCAAGUCUGAUGAAACUGAAUUUCUCAAGGGACUAAAGCUCUUGACUUCAUUGAAACAUGAAAAUCUUCUGAGGUUGAGAGGCUUUUGCUGUUCAAAAGGUCGGGGAGAAUGCUUUCUGAUCUAUGAUUUUGUCCCCAAUGGAAAUUUGUUGCAGUACCUUGACGUGAAGGAUGGAAAAGGAAAGGUCCUUGAUUGGUCUACCAGACUUUCUAUAAUCAAAGGCAUCGCCAGAGGUAUUCAUUACUUGCAUGGAAACAAGGGAGGCAAACCUGCCCUAGUCCAUCGAAAUAUAUCAGCUGAAAAAGUACUUGUUGACCAACACUACAACCCAUUGCUCUCAGAGUCUGGUCUGCACAAACUACUAGCAGAUGACAUUGUCUUCUCAACACUCAAGGAAAGUGCUGCAAUGGGCUAUCUAGCUCCCGAGUAUACAACCACUGGCAGGUUCACCGAAAAGAGUGAUCUCUACGCCUUUGGCAUGAUUAUAUUCCAGAUUCUCUCCGGAAGGCGUAGAAUCACAAACUCUAACCAUCAAGGGGCAGAGAUGUCCAGAUUUGAAGACUUCGUUGACCCGAAUCUUUGGGGCAACUUUGUUGAAGCGGAGGCAGUUCAGAUGGCAAAGGUUGCUCUACUUUGCACGCACGAGUCACCAGAUCAGAGGCCAACCAUUGAAAUCGUCAUGCAAGAACUGAAUGACUUGACCUCCAGCAAGUCUUGAAUGCUCGUGUAAAACCCAAAUUCCCAAAUGACCAUUAGGAGCGUGAUACUAACUGCUUUCUGAUGCCAGGAGUUGGCACUCUUUUCCCAUCCUUUCGGUCCGGCACGACUUGUGCUUUAGGACGAUGCAUAUGAAUUUCAGCGGCUGUUCCACAUAGUUUAUAACUAAUGCACCUCGACGUAGAUAGCCUUGAGAGAUCAGUUCUCUUGUAUUAUUGUCACUUAGCCAUGAUUCUCAGCAGGUUUCUCCACUUGCAAACUAGUGUAUCAGAACUUCAAUUUCUAUUUAUUACUAACUGUUUUACAAGUAUCAUAAAUGACCUCUUGUUAUUGGAAUACUACUUUCAUAGUA